AUGCCCAUUCCCUUGAUUACCAAGGGGAUUACAGAGGGCCUAUCGUCCAUCCCUCACAUCUACACGGUCCUGAAGUUCGCACCAUGGCUGCUCCUCAUCGUAGCCCUGAAGUACUACUUCGGCGGUGCUCGAAACGAGUCGGAACGUCUGAUGCAUUCUAAAGUUGUGAUGGUGACUGGAGGAACAUCCGGCAUAGGAGCCAGCGUCGUCCACGAACUCGCAACGCGCGGCGCCCAAAUCAUCCUCCUCACGCAACACUCACAAUCGGACAUCUUCCUGGUCGAAUACAUCGAAGACCUGCGCAAGUCUACAAACAAUCAGCUCAUCUACGCCGAGCAGGUUAACCUCUCCUCCCUCCAUUCCAUCCGAACGUUCGCGACGAAAUGGAUCGAUAACGUCCCACCGCGCCGCCUGGACAUGCUCAUACUCUGCGGGAACACAGCGUCCCCAUCCCCAGCUAAGAGAAAGAUCACAGUUGAUGGGAUAGACGAGGAAUGGCAGGUCAAUUACCUCGCGAACUUCCACCUCCUGAGCAUCCUCAGCCCCGCGCUGCGAGUCCAGCCGCCGCACCGUGACGUCCGUAUCAUAAUGACAACGUGUUCAAGCUACAUCAGAGCUCCGAAGCUCGACUUUGCACAGCUAGACAGCCAGGCAGUUCCCACUCCCACCUUCACCCAAAAUCCGACAAAGACCAAAACCUCCAAACCAUCAAAGAAAUCCACCACUGCCGCUGCCAAACCCAAACCGAAACCGAAGCCAAAAUCUCUCUUCGCUGCCAGCAAACUCUCCCUCAUGGUCUUCGCCACCUCCUUCCAGAAACAUCUGAGCUCUUUCAAACGCCCGGACGGCCAACCAACCUCUACACGUGUCAUCCUUGUCGACCCGGGCUACAGCCGCACCCCGGGAACCCGCCGCUGGCUCACCGGCGGCUCUCUGUGGGGCCUCCUCGUCUACCUGAUCACCUGGCCAUUCUGGUGGCUUGUCCUCAAGUCGCCGCAGCAGGGUGCGCAGAGUAUCCUGUACGCGGCCAUGGAGGCGCGGUUUGGACGCGGUGAGGGUGGGUGGAUGAUCAAGGAGUGUCGGGAGGUGGAUUUUGCGCGCAAGGAGGUUACCGAUGAAGCGGUCGGGAAGCAGUUGUGGGAAAUGAGUGAGAAGCAGAUUGAGGCGAAGGAGACGGAGGGGGCUGUAAGGCGGGCGCUAGAAAAGAAGGAGGCCGAGUUGAAGGAGAAUACCAAGGGACAGGCACAGAGUACGGAUGCUAAGUCCGCUCCUGCAUCUGCUUCUGCGCCUGGAGGCGUAAAAGAGCAGACAGCUGGAUCGAGACGGAGCAGGAGGGGGAAUAUCACUAAGUAG